UCGUGUCUUUAUCUAAAACUUUUUGUCCUUGUUUCCCAUUUCUUUCCUCUCCCUUUAUAGCUUUUUUACUUGCAUACUAUUGAUGUCUUCUUCGUUAUCAUCAUCAUCAUCAUCUUCUGAAGAUGCCAAUGGGAAUAGUGGAAGAAGGGGUGUUGGUGAUUUCGGAGCACCGUCUUUGACUCGUAGACGUGCCAAUAACGAAAUCUGGCCAGGCCCUUUUGUUGAAGAUCUUGUUGUCCAAGUUGCCAUUGAUGCUUCCUGUUCUUUUGGCCGCCUGGCAGUUGCUGCUGCACUUGCCAAUGUGUUUCAGGUUUGUUCCACGUGGCAAGCUGUCUCUCGCUCUGAUCCACUGUGGCACCGUCUCACAACAGUUAUAUGGGGCCGGACCCACCGUAUGCACGCCUCGUGGCGUGAGGAAUACGUUUACCGUCAUCAAACGGCUCAGAAUUUUCGUGCUGGGAGAUCAUUUUACCACACCCUCCACUUCGAUCCCGCCAGUGUGGACAACCCGGAUGGACUGACGUGUCGCUGCCUUACCUUGUCUGAUACCCACCUCGCUUGCGGCUUUGCCGAUGGUACCGUGAGGCUUUUCGACCUCUCUACUCGUCAACUGGUCGGAACCUUCCACCCGCACCACCGUGAUCGUUUCGGCCGCUUUUCACGUGCCGUAUCUGGCAUUGUGAUCUCGGACCCCAGAAUAAUAUUCGCCACGUUGGAUGGAGACAUCCACGUAGCGAUCAUUGACGGAGAGCCCCUUGCUCGCACGGCCCAUUUGGGCAACGUCGUGAACGACGGUGCAUUGGUGGACUUCACCGGAUGUGGGCGAUGGUGGGUGGGGCUUUAUGCAGGCGUUCCGGGUCGGGCACUCCACAUUUGGGACGGUAACACUGAAGAGCUAGCCUUCGUAAACACAAAUCUGACUGACCCAGAAGCCGUGAUGGGGUGGCACACGUUGACUGAGUUGACUGAAACUAUCGGCCGAGUUAGGGUGACGGGUCAGGAAUCGGCGGUCGCAUGCACGAGUUUAAGGUACAUGGUUGUGGACUUGAGAAACCCGGAGUUUCCAUUACACGACCGGGAGUGGAGGAGAAGGCUUACAGUGACGUCGUUGGACACCAAUGGCGAGGCAUUCAUCAUGGUGGAUAACCGUGGGUUGGCAAUCGUCCGCCGGGUAGAUACACUAGAGGAGGUGUGCAGAUUCAACACGAGGAACGUCAACGUCAUGGGUUGCAUGAACCUAGGGUACGCGCUAAUGUGCGCCGCGGGUGUAGUAAGGGUGUGGGAAAUAGAGCACGGUCAACACUUGUAUAGUUUGAACCAGAACGUAGAGGAAGUCAACGCCAUGGUGGCAGAUGAUCGGCACGUGGCAGCAGCGGGUAGUGACACGGGGAUACAUCUGUGGGAUUUUGGUGCACAGUAGCGAAUGGUGACAGUAGAACAAAAGUUUAGGGUUCAUGGGGGGCCAGCCAUUGUACU